AUGACGGUCUCCUUUUUACAGAUAGUGGCAAUACUGGGAAGCCUUACAGGUUCAGCCUACUGUUUGCAGGUGACAAUUCCCUUUUCAGCAAUCAAUGUGACCGUAGGACAAAAUGCCACCUUGUACUGUACAUAUUCCCCCGUGGGAACCCUCUCAAAGGGUCUCUUUAUUCAAUGGAGCAUUUUUGAAGCCCAAUCACAGCAGUUUAAAACUUAUUCCCCCUGCUUCAGUUCGGAGGAAAAUGCAAUGAACCACUGUAAGAUGCAGCUCGGCAGAGAUGCCCGGGGAAGGUGUAACUGGAAACACCAGGUGUUUUAUUAUCAGAAUGGAGUAUCCUAUUCCCAAGGAAAUUUUAAAAACCGAGUAACUGCUGCAAUAAGCCCGGGAAAUGCAACAAUAACCAUAUCCAACAUGCAGCCACAAGAGACCGGAUUCUACAGCUGUGAAGUAUUGAAUCCACCUGACCCAAUAAGUCAGGGAAAGAUUCAACUCACUGUAUUGGCUCCGCCUUCUACUCCACAUUGCAGUAUACAAGGACCUAUGGAGACAGGACACUACUUAUCUCUGAAGUGUUACGCUGAGGUAGGAAUGCCCCGUCCACAAUACAACUGGAACAAAGUACUAGAUGGACUACUUAAGCCAACACCGCCACAGAUGGAUGUUCAGAGUGGAAUGCUUAUCAUUGGCAAUAUGACAAAUUUUGAUGACGGACAUUACAGAUGCACUGCCAACAACAGUCUAGGAAGUUCUUUCUGUGAGAUAGACCUGCAUACAGGAGGAGAAGGUCCAAUCAUUGCAGCAGGAAUCAUUGCAGCUGUGCUUUUGGCCGCUAUUAUAAUUGCUGUUAUCUGGUUUCUUCUAGUAAAAAAGAAGAAGGGCAAAAAGCAAAAGAUGGCUGCAAGUGAGAUGAAAUCUUCAUCUGGAUCUAACACAGAAUAUGCAGCUGUUCCUGGUGAGGGUAUUGAGCCUGCCAGGGAAAACCUUGUAACGUCUGCUCCACCUGAAACUAGAGAAUACCGGGACCAGGCAGAGAAUGAAGCCACUGUAGAAAUGGAAGAUCCAGCAGUGUAG